UGGUGGUGAAACGUUUGUGACAGAACCGCCAAGCUCGGAGAACAAAUGAACAAUUUACAGUAAUAGGCUCUCGAAUUACUAAGCGCGUGCCAGCUGGAGUAGAUCAAUAGAUCAUAGGAGUGUGCCGCUAAUCGUGCCAUGUUGAACUACGGUCUCAUCGCCAUUGUUAUUUCCAAAGUGAACCGGGGACCACUGUUUGAGAUGGGCACAUUCUGUAUAACGUGCUAUUUGAAGAUUUCACGAAUGGCUUAACAGCCAUCAAUUUUAACUAAACAGGGCCUCCGUCAUAGAGAAAAAGCUACGACACCUCGUCCAUCAAGGCAUCAGCAGUACGCCGUGCAAUCACCUCUGAUCGCACGUGGGCUAAGGAUACUGCGAGGGUCGCCCUGUCCGGCAGGCUCGAGCACGUGCCGUCAGACUACAACAUCAACUCGUCACCUUUAGGCUACCGGCCGGCACUUCGUCCAUCGAACCAUGGAAACCCAAGCAGUCCCGUGACUUUUGUGAUGAUUAAUACCAAGUAAGCUUGCUUACUCGUAGAUGACAGCUUGUAUUUCACUGAUUCCCGAAUGUCCACGAGGAAACUGGUGACAGACCAAUGAAUACCGGCGACAUGAUGCGUUUACGAAUCUACCGCUGCCAACCACCCUGGCGGCAGAAACUCUUGAGUCGUUCUGACCAUCGUGUCAGAAGCCAGCUGUGGCUUCUUCAGAAUCGUGUCACAGACAAUCCCGUGUUGGAUAUGGGCAGUGGUAACUGAGUUUAUGACAUUCAGAUCUUUCAAUGUAUGUCGCAGCGAUCAUCCUGGUGUCGUGAACUUUGCGAUUCUUUUUAGCAGAAUUAAAGAUAUUAACUGGACUCCUUCUAAAGUGAUCGACGUUUUGGGUAAAGAAAUCAACAGCCCGGAAUCCAUAUACUACUGGUGCCACGUAAAUAAGAUCCCAGUCUUCUGUCCGGCUCUGACCGACGGUUCCCUGGGGGACAUUUUAUUCAGCCACGCCUAUCGAUCUCCUGGUUUGCGAAUCGAUGUUGUUGAAGAUAUUUGUCGUAUCAACCGGAUCGCGAUCUACUCAGAGUGCUCCGGCGUUAUCAUCUUAGGUGGUGGCAUAGUGAAGCACCACACGCUAAAUGCGAACUUGAUGCGCAACGGAGCCGAAUAUUGCGUGCUAAUCAACACAGGUCAAGAAUAUGAUGGAAGCGACUCCGGUGCUCGUCCAGAUGAGGCCAUUAGCUGGGGCAAACUGAGGUGCGCCUUGGAUCCUGUCAAGGUGACUGCUGAUGCCUCUAUUGUGUUCCCCCUUCUGGUUGCAUGUACAUUUGCAAAGCGUCAAUCCUCAAAAACAGCUUCCACUGCUGUCAUAUCUUCCUGAUAUGUCACUUUUACAAUGUGUAUGAUACCACUUGUAUAUUAGUGUUUAUUCCAAUUCAUUCGACA